CUUAUAAAAACCCUCUCUCGCUCGCUUGCUUGCUUGCUCGAUCCCCCCAACCAAACCAAAACGCUCUUUUCGAAACGUUCUCCGAGCAAAAGUAUUAUAUUCUCCUUUAACGAUGGCUAAGAACAUUCUGGUUACCGGCGGCGCUGGCUACAUCGGAAGUCAUACUGUUCUUCAACUGCUCAACGGUGGUUACUCCGCCGUCGUUGUUGACAAUUACGACAAUUCCUCAGCUGCUUCUCUCCAGCGCGUCAAAAAACUCGCCGGCGAUAACGGAAACCGCCUCUCCUUCCACCAGGUGGAUCUCAGAGACAGGCCUGCGCUUGAGAACAUUUUCUCAGAAACUAAGUUUGAUGCAGUGAUACACUUUGCUGGACUUAAAGCAGUAGGUGAGAGUGUGGAGAAGCCUUUGCUCUAUUAUAAUAAUAAUCUUGUUGGGACUAUUACUCUUUUGGAGGUUAUGGCUCAAUACGGCUGCAAAAACCUUGUGUUUUCGUCGUCAGCUACUGUCUAUGGCUGGCCUAAAGAGGUUCCUUGCACUGAGGAGUCUCCUAUUUCUGCCACGAAUCCAUAUGGCCGUACGAAGCUUUUUAUCGAAGAAAUUUGCCGGGAUGUACAUCGUUCUGACCCUGAAUGGAAGAUCAUAUUGCUUAGAUACUUCAACCCUGUUGGUGCUCAUCCUAGUGGCUACAUUGGUGAAGAUCCUCUUGGAGUUCCCAACAAUCUCAUGCCUUAUGUCCAACAAGUUGCUGUUGGCCGGAGACCUCACCUCACUGUGUUUGGAACCGACUACAAGACUAAGGACGGUACAGGGGUUAGAGAUUACAUUCAUGUCAUGGACUUAGCUGAUGGACAUAUAGCCGCUCUGCGUAAGCUAGAUGAUCUCAAAAUCAGUUGUGAGGUAUACAAUCUUGGAACGGGUAAUGGAUCAUCAGUCCUAGAAAUGGUCGCUGCCUUUGAAAAGGCAUCCGGAAAGAAAAUCUCGUUGGUGAUGGCUGGACGACGUCCUGGAGAUGCUGAAGUUGUUUAUGCCUCAACGGAAAAAGCAGAACGCGAACUAAAUUGGAAGGCUAAGUAUGGGAUAGAGGAGAUGUGUAGAGAUCUAUGGAAUUGGGCAAGCAAUAACCCUUACGGCUACAAUUCCUCCUCCAAUGGCUCCUCUUCAUAAUUCUCCUUUUCAUUUCUUAAUUUUGCAAUCUUUUUUUUUCUUAGUUAUUCGUACUUUUAUAAACACAUGAAAGCUACAGAAGAUAAGAAGGCUGACAAAGUAGAGUACCCAAACUUUGGAAGACAAUGAAAAUUCGUGUACUAUUAGUUAUUUAUCAUAUA